UCUGAUUUAUCUAUGGCCAGUCAGUUUUGAUUUCAGAAGGGUCCUCAGACGUCUGUAAAUUGUCAAAGUAUGGACGAAGUUGAAAAAGAGAAAAUAGCUGCACUGCCAUCACAAUUACUAGUCACAACAAUAUGCCACCCAAUGGAAUAUGCAAAAGUUCUUAUUCAACUGGGCUACGAGCCAUUGCCUCCGCGCCGGUCGACAACACUCUUCGGCCGUCCUGCUAUGGUAUUACCUAACGUUUUCCAAUACAUAAAGUACAUUAAGGCCUCAGACGGAUUUUUUGGAUGCUAUAAAGGUCUGUCGGCUCGGGUGCUCGGAUUGAUAGCGACCAGUCAACUCACGUCAAAAGUGAUUUAUGUGUGUGGCAUCGACCUGCCCGAAAUCAAUGACCCACCGAACAUCGUUACUGAUGAAGAACCUAAAGUGGAGGAUUACAUCAAGCUUGGUCGAAGAGAUAUGAUAAUGCACACUGCCUCUGUCAUCGUGUCCUACCCAUUCCAUGUAGUCGCUCUGAGAAUGAUGGCCUCGUUUGUGGGGAAGGAAGAAGAAUACAGCACGCUGCUUGGCGCCAUUGUGUCCAUUUACAGAGACGAUGGAAUACGUGGCUUUUUUCACGGAAUUAUUCCUAAAAUGCUUGGUGAUUUGACAUGUGUGGCUGUCACAGGUGUGUUGGCGUACUAUGUAAACAAAUAUUUGGUCAAAACCAAAGAUCUUAGAUAUUACACUGUUCCGUUGUUAACAUUUGUUACCAGCACUAUCACCUAUCCACUAGUUGUGGUAUCUACAUGCAUGGCCGUUGCAGGCUCUAGCCUCAAGGCCGGCAAUCCACCUGCAAUGCCUAAAUAUCCAUCAUGGCAGGCAUGUUGGAGAGACUUGCUCAGAAAUAAACAACACAAACGUGGUUCCUCCCUUAUCUUUAGGUACUACAUAGCUCCAAUUGCCGCUAUGCAGUAGUCACCCCUGGGACUAGUAUAAUUGCAUUUAACUAUUUGGAUUUAUUUGCUAAGUGAUAUUCCACAACCACCAAGUAGUUUCAACCUCUUGUAGAGAGUUAAAAUAUUAUGUAUAAUUAAAUGUAAAUAAUAAUAGUAUAAAUGGUGUACUAUGUGGAUACUUGUUUUGCUAGAUUGUUGACUCAAGGUGUGGUUAUA